AACGAUGGGAGGCCUUUACGUCGUCAAGCGCGACGGUCGCGAAGAACCCGUGGCGUUCGACAAGAUCACGGCGCGCAUUAAAAAGCUCGCCUAUGGCUUGUCCCAAGAGUUCUGCGAUCCGGUGAUCGUCGCGCAAAAGGUGUGCAUGGGCGUGUUUGCCGGCGUCACGACGAAGGAGUUGGAUGAGCUCGCGGCGGAAACCGCGGCGUCGAUGACUUCCAAGCACCCGGAUUACGCGCAACUCGCGGCUCGCAUCGCCGUGUCUAACUUGCACAAGACGACGAAGAAGUCAUUCAGCGAGACAAUGACGCAAAUGUACGAGCACGUGAAUGAGCGCAACGGCAAGUGGUCACCGUUGCUCGCGGACGACGUGUACGAAAUCAUCAAGGCGAACGCCGAACGUCUCGACGCGGAGAUUGUGUACGAUCGCGACUUCGAGUACGAUUACUUCGGUUACAAGACUCUUGAGCGCUCGUAUUUGUUGCGAAUCGAUGGUAAGGUGGUCGAACGCCCGCAGCACUUGCUCAUGCGCGUGUCGAUAGGCAUCCACAAGGAGGAUAUUGAAAAGGCCGUCGACACGUAUCACAUGCUCAGCGAACGCUGGAUGACGCACGCGUCGCCGACGCUGUUCAACGCUGGUACGCCGCGCCCGCAGCUUUCGUCUUGCUUCUUGAUUGCCAUGAAAGAAGACUCCAUCGAAGGUAUCUACGAUACCUUGAAGGAGUGCGCGUGCAUCUCCAAGUCCGCUGGCGGCAUUGGUUUGUCCAUUCACGACAUUCGCGCCACGAGCUCUUAUAUUCGCGGCACGAACGGUACGUCCAACGGCAUCAUCCCGAUGUUGCGUGUGUUCAACGACACGGCGCGUUACGUCGACCAAGGUGGCGGCAAGCGCAAGGGUGCUUUCGCCAUCUACAUCGAACCGUGGCACGCGGACAUCUUCGACUGGCUUGACCUUCGCAAGAAUCACGGCAAAGAAGAAGCGCGCGCUCGCGAUCUCUUCUAUGGGUUGUGGACGAACGACUUGUUCAUGAAGCGCGUCGAGGCGAACGGCGAUUGGACGUUGAUGUGCCCGAAUGAGUGCCCGGGCUUGGCCGAUUGCUGGGGUGAGGAAUUCGAAACCCUCUACCAAAAGUACGAAGCCGAAGGCAAGGGCAAGAAAACCAUCAAGGCGCAACAGUUGUGGUUCGCGAUUCUCGAGUCUCAGGUGGAAACUGGUAACCCGUACAUGCUCUUCAAGGAUGCGUGCAACCGCAAGUCCAACCAACAAAACCUCGGCACGAUCAAGUCUUCCAACCUGUGCACCGAGAUUGUGGAGUUCACGAGCCCGGAGGAAACGGCGGUCUGCAACUUGGCUUCCAUCGCGCUCCCACGAUUCGUUAUCGAGAACAACCCGUCUUCGCCCACUGGUCGCACGGAGGUGAAGAAGCUCGUCGGUUCUCUGAAGGCGAAGGAACGUUAUUUCGACCACGAUAAGUUGUUCGAAAUCACGCGAAAGGUUACGCGCAAUCUGAACCGCAUCAUCGACGUCAACUACUACCCGGUGGAGACGGCGAAGCGCUCGAACAUGCGUCAUCGCCCCAUUGGUCUCGGUGUGCAAGGUUUGGCGGAUGUCUUCAUCCUUCUUGGCUUGGCUUUCGACUCUCCGGAAGCGCAAAAGCUCAACGCUGAAAUCUUCGAAACGAUCUACUUCGCUGCGCUCACGGAAUCCAACGCGCUUGCCGUCGUCGAAGGUCCCUAUACGACGUACGAAGGGAGUCCGGUUUCAAAGGGCAUCUUGCAACCCGACAUGUGGGGUUUGACGCAAAUGCCGGGCGGUGACCGUCACGACUGGGCUGGCCUGCGUGCGGCGAUCGCGCAACACGGUGUUCGCAACUCGCUGCUCGUUGCCCCGAUGCCGACCGCGUCUACUUCUCAAAUUCUCGGCAACAACGAGUGCUUCGAACCGUACACGUCGAACAUCUACGCGCGACGGGUGUUGUCCGGCGAGUUUACCGUCGUAAACCAGCACUUGCUUUCGGAUUUGACCGAGCUUGGCUUGUGGGAUCCCGAAUUGAAGAACUCCUUGAUCGCCAACAAUGGUUCAGUCGCUGAUUUGGAAAUUCCGGAGAACCUCAAGGCCAUUUACAAGACGGUUUGGGAAAUCAAACAACGCAUCCUCGUCGACAUGGCGGCGGACCGCGGCGCCUUCAUCGACCAGUCGCAGUCUUUCAACGUGCACAUGAGCGAUCCUAACAGCGGUAAGCUCACGUCGUUGCACUUCUACGCGUGGAAGAAGGGUUUGAAGACCGGUAUGUACUACCUCAGAUCUCGCGCGGCCGCGGACGCCAUCAAGUUCACCGUCGACGUCAAGCAAAAGCAGGUGACCAAGAUGUCGGAGGAAGAGAAGGAAGCCUACCUCGCCGCCAAGCUCCAAUGCAGCUUGACGAACAAGGACGAUUGCGUCAUGUGCGGCGCGUAA